GUUCCGGUACCACGUGCUCUUCCUCCCUCUGUGACCGAGGGACAGGACGUACCCGCACCGCCUCCGCGAGCUGAUGUAGCGUACCGUGUGUCAGACCGCCUCAAUCUGUGUCAAUUAAGUGAUCGGUCUUAUAGCUUGCUGUGGAGCCGAAUCGCCUGGUUCUACAGGUUUCAGAGACUCGUAGCGAGCAGACGGCGAGCAGCUGCUGGUGAACUCCGAUGAACUGAUUUCACUGCCUGUCCAGCCAGGCCCAGAUCGUGAACUGUGGAACAAGGUGGAAACUCCGGGGAGUUUUAGGUUUGUCUCCCCAUGACAACCUGUCACCAUGGUGACUGCGGCUCCAACAGUGAUGCCGGGCGGCGCACCUCUGAUGAUGAGGACGCGGAGCUCGCGGAGCUUGGGCCGCUGCUGACAUAUACGGCUAAAGCUGAGAAAUCAAGAGGUGCAUCAGCAUUUCCUGAUGAGGAUGAGGAUGAGGAUGAAGAAGGACGAGGUUUGCGGGUGGUUACACUGCCCAUGCAGGCACACCAUGCCAUGGAGAAGAUGGAGGAGUUUGUACACAAGGUAUGGGAAGGACGUUGGCGAGUUAUUCCAUACCAUCUCCUCCCCGACUGGCUGAAGGACAAUGACUACCUGCUGCACGGACACCGCCCCCCCAUGCCGUCCUUCCGUGCCUGCUUUGGGAGCAUCUUCAGGAUUCACACAGAAACUGGAAACAUCUGGACUCACCUGCUCGGCUUAAUUCUGUUCCUGUGCUUGGGCACACUGACAAUGCUGCGGCCAAACGUGUCGUUCAUGGCGCCCAUUCAGGAGAAGGUGGUGUUUGGCGUGUUCUUCCUGGGCGCAGUUCUUUGUUUGUGCUUCUCCUGGCUUUUUCACACCGUCUACUGCCACUCAGAAAAGGUCUCCAGGACUUUCUCAAAGUUGGAUUACUCUGGUAUCGCGUUGUUGAUCAUGGGCUCAUUCGUUCCGUGGCUGUACUACUCGUUUUACUGCUCUCCUCAGCCGCGGCUCAUCUAUCUCUCUGUUGUAUGUGUGCUGGGUGUCGCUGCUAUCAUUGUGGCCCAGUGGGACCGAUUCGCCACUCCUCGCCACCGGUCCACCCGUGCAGGUAACAUCCUCACCUGCUUCUUUAUGUAUUUUACCUGCCUGAUUGAUUUCAGAUUUUUCUUAAUACAUUUUUCCUCAUACUUAGGUGUUUUCCUGGGCCUUGGUCUCAGUGGGCUCAUUCCCACAAUGCAUUUUACCAUCGCAGAGGGUUUUGUGAAGGCAACGACGGUGGGUCAGAUGGGCUGGUUCUAUCUGAUGGGUGCCAUGUACAUUAGUGGAGCAGCACUUUAUGCAGCACGUAUACCUGAACGCUACUUCCCUGGGAAAUGUGACAUCUGGUUUCAGUCUCAUCAGAUAUUCCACGUGCUGGUUGUUGCAGCGGCGUUUGUCCAUUUUUAUGGGAUCUCAAACCUGCAGGAGUUCCGCUACGGCCUGGAAGGAGGCUGCACAGAUGAUACUUUGCUGUAAAGAGAAACAAAUCACUUGAACUUUGUCCAGUGCCUGCUCACUUCACAACGAACCUGGACCCGACACAAUGCUGAUUUAAUAAUUUUUAUUAUCUCUUGAAGGAUUUUAACAUAUAUUUGAAUAAGAUACUUAAAACUCUUGAUAAAUGAGGUAGUCUUGUGUUUAUAUCGUUCUUUGUUAUUUCAGUGCAGCACAGAAUUUAUUGUAAAUCACCGGAAUAAAUCAUAAAUCAUUACAGUGGUCUCGAGAGGCACUACCUCCUCCAACACUCUUUCUUCUGACUGAUCUGUUGGUUUGUGGUUCUGUACUUUUUAAGGAUUUUAGGGAAAACGCAUAGAAACAUGCUUAGGUCUGAGUUUUGUCAAAAAUGUUUGCAUGAUCAUUCAUUAACUUUUGACCUGAAAUGCUUAACCUAGAGCUUUAGCAAUGGAAUUCAUGUUGGGACACAAUUUUAUCUUCUGUUUGAGCGAAUCAGGGUUUCAGUAAGAAAUAUUUGCACUGGUUUUAGAAGUCAAGAUAUUAAAACGAGAGAAUAAAGAUGAAACGCCUAGAAUUGUUUGCUUUGAUCAUUAACAGUAUUUUGGUGUGUGUGUGUGUGUAUGUGUAUACAACACUACUCAAAAUUGGAGAACACUUACAAAUACCCUAUUUAACUGGCAGUAUAACUGCCAUGUAAAAGAAAUGCACGAGAGGCUCGGAUAAUGUGUAGAAUCUCAUUGGUCAACCGGUUCAGCACUCCAGCUAGAAUGCUUGAUAGUUCAGCGCUGAACAGGGUCAGGAGCUGUCUUGACAUUUAAAGGAAUUUUGACUAAAAGCCCACUCUGCAGUUAACAAACCUCUUGUCAGUAAAAAGAAUCCAAAAGCUAGACUAACCUUUGCUGAGGAGGAUGUUGUAUGGACCGAAGAGAACCGGUCCAUAGUUCACCUAAGUGAUAAAGCAAGUUUAAUUUUAUUUAGGUACGAUGGGAAUCAUGCUUGCCAUCAAACUGGGAAAUGACUACCACUGAACAAACUAUACUUUAGUGGUAAGACGUUAAUGUACUGAUUUAUCUGUGAAUAAAUGUCACAUUUUAGAAAACAGUAUAUUAUGUUAAAGCCAUUUUUACCUGGUGCUAAAGAAAUGUCAUCUGUACUCUGUAAUGUACAAAUAAUCGUGUUUAAUCGUAACUUGCAAGUUGCAUAUGAUGUGUUUAUGUGCUUACAUUAUUUUCUAUUAUUAAAACAAUAGAUAAAACAAA